UCAGUUCGUUGAGCUCUAUAACAUGUAUAAACACUACCUUCCCCCAGAACUGGCUCGCCUUGAUCCUCGACUCUUCUGUAAGGCACUGUUCAAGGCCCUAGGACUGGAUGAUAAGGACUUCAAAUUUGGGCUCACCAAGGUGUUUUUCCGGCCCGGGAAGUUUUCCGAGUUUGACCAGCUGAUGAAGAGUGACCCGGAGAACCUGGCAGCUCUGGUGAAGAAGGUGAAGCGUUGGCUUAUCUGUUCUCGCUGGAAAAAGGCACAGUGGUGUUCCCUCUCUGUCAUCAAAUUAAAAAACAAGAUCGUAUGGCGCCGGGAGCAGAUCAUCCGCCUCCAGAAAACUGUCAGAAUGUGGGGGGAUAUACGCAAGUUCAAACCUAAGUAAGUGUUUUUACCGACUAACCCCA